GCCAUUAUGCAACAUUCGUUUACCAAAACCGAAAGUAGGGUAGAGCGUCCUUUAUGACCUAUGCUCUGAUGUUUAUAGUUUAUAGCAUGCUGUAUUUCAUAAAUUUUAUCUUGAAGCCAGAUAUAUUUGUGUCAACAUGGUGGUGUCAGUGGAGUUGAAGCAUGUGUUCAAGUAUCCGCUCCAGUUCGUUGUUAACACCCAUCUCAAUAAAUAUCCAAAUGAGAAAGAUGGACUGGUCCACAGGGUGGAAACCAUUGAGAGAAAAAUAGACUGGAUUAAAGGAAUUGAUUACAGGCGGAGGUUGGCCUUUUGUGAAAAUGUCGUACCCCACGUCUUGCGCAAGAUGAAGAUCCUGAAUGAAGAACAGGUGGUUCUGGAGGAGCAAGCAUGGCUGGACCUGGAUAGUGGACAGAUGGACAUUAAAUCUCGCAAUGUCACAUGGUCCAAGUACGCUGACAUGUUUGAGGAGUCCAGAUUUGCGAAAGCAGUGGACAAUCCGCACUGGACCCAGUUUGAACAACAUGGAUAUAUCAACAUCCGCUUUCUGGGUCCACUGGGUAAAGUUCUAGAAAUGUUUGCUGGCAAGUUCCUUCAUGUGGGAGCUCAGAAGGCCCUGAGAGUGAUGGAAGAAUUAUUACACGAAAGGUGCAGCCGCUCAGAGACAUGAUAGAUGCACUGUAGUAUCUCAAAAGACAUGACAGAUAUUACUGAGCUUACCAAGGGUGAAGAGGGCUUGAAUUUGAUCCAAUGUACAGUCUAGCACGCUCAUAGCAAACAGAUUUUCAAGUCCUGAAUCUUUUCUUAUACAUGUAUAUUUUUUUAAUUCGAAAUAUAUACAUUGUGAAAUUCAUGAUAAAGAAAAAAUUUCCAUGGCCUGCGAAUCACGUCAUGUGAGUGCUGGACUGUACAUUAGCAGAUUUUGAUAAUUUGUUCGUUAGAGUUUUUAUGGUCAGUUAUACUAUACUUUCAUCAAAAGAUCUCUUUGUGAAGUGUGCUUGAGUUUGAUCAUAAUCAUAUACACUGGUAGAUCUCCAUUUCAUAAAAGUCAUGGUUUGUGUGUUUGAGUAUAGAGAAGCUAUGCUGAAAUAGAUCAUCUGAUAUUGUGAAUAUGGUUAGAGUAUAUACAACCAGUACUGGGUAUAGGGCUUUGUUGUUAUGUCUGGUACAGACACAAUGCAUGCACCAGUUUGGACAUGAAUUAUGUCAUAGUGUUUCGUAUGAUUUGCCUUCCAGUGUGGUAAUUGUAGCUUAAGAGGAAACAUAUUCAUUAAUAUGUAUAAUAUAAUAUAUGCAUACAGUACAGUCAGUACUGUCUUUCUUAUAAUUAUGCUUAGAUCCUAUUAUUUGACUUUACAUCGCGAUUCCCUCUUUAUUGUAUAGUAUACUGGUUUAUGGUUUCUUGACAUUUUGCAUGCUGAACAAGAUUUUUAAAGAUUUAUGAUCUCCUUUGCAAGCAAUGGUACUUUGUUCUUACAGUGUUAAAGCAGGUUUUUUGCUGGAGUACUAUUAAUGUUCUAGAAUACUCAGUGGAUGUUUGAACCUUAUGUUGUGGCAGCUUUUGCAAUAUUCUCAAACAUCUUUGUGUUUUAGAUUUCUCUGAUAUUAUUUACCUGUCUUCCUUUGGGUUUGUUUUUUUUACUCUGUACAAUCCUUGUGGUCAAGUUCACAUAUUUCAGUUCUGUUCUCUGGUGCUAGUUUGACUGACAGGAUCGGGUCCGAAUUAAGUUGUACUAUUUUUGGAAGAACACAUGACCUUAUUUUUCUCCUGUGACCUCAAUGAAUGUAUUGUCAUUGGUUGACAGUUUCAAACACUUUAGAGAUUGCUUGUGUUUGCAUUUAUUCUUUACCAGUAGCACCUACAAAAACAGUAGACAUUUCUACAUUCAAUUAUGUCUCUUUGAGUUAGAUAAAUCAGAUGAGCUUGAGGCCUUUCCAAAUGCAGCCUUUCCUUCAGUCUUAUUCCUUGUACCAGUAGUGUGACGACCUCCUAUAUCUGUUGAAAGCAGAGCAUAGGUCAAUGAUAAUAGUUCAGUUCAGUCUUAGGUCCUGCAAGUCAAAGAUUUUAAAAAAAUGUCUUUGAUUAGGUUGGAGGUAAUGAGAGAGAGAGAGAGAAAGAGAGAGAGAGAGAGAGAGAUUAUUAUCCAGACAGCCAUUUUUAGCCUGUCUGUACAAUGUGCUUUUCUUACAUGUACACAAGCAGACAUCUAUGCAUGCACAAUGACAUCUACACAAAAAUGCCACACAUAAACAUACCCUUUCACUCCUUAUGUGCACAAAAUCACGCGUAAUUAUAUUCACAUUUGCGCUCAUACACUCACAUUCACACUACCAGUAGGCUACAUCCGCUUCACUCGGAAAAGUCUGCAAAUGUGUGGGCUUUCCAGAAGUUACUUGUCUCUCAUGUCAGUGUGUGUAUACAUCGUGUGUAAUGUAUCUCUGUGUGUUUGUGUAUGUGUGUGUGCAUUCUAUCUCAUAUUCCUGUGUGUUGAGGGACCAAAGAUUUUUAGUAAGAGGGGCUUCUGCUACAUUAGCUAUUGGAGUGCCUGGAGAUUUGAUCAAAAUUUUGAUAUUUGGGCACUUGUAGACAUGAGAGACUGAGAAACUGCUGUUAAAUCAUGUCUUGCCAAUAGAUUACCUCAAACUGUAACCCAAUGAUAUUACUAUAACCACACGAUGAACAUGAAAUUUAUAUGAAAUGCAUUCUUAUAUUUUAUAAUUUUUACAUUUUCACUGCUGCACAAACAUCACCCAUGUUCAGGGAUUAUUCAAGGGAAAAGAUUAUGAGCAUUAUGUACCACUCGAAUGCAGAUCCAUGUCUUGGUAUACAGUGAACAAUAUUUAAACUUAAGACUUGAACUGAUAGUAAUGAACAUGUACCACCUGGUCUACAUUUUUAUCUCUAUUCUGGUCAGCAGCAAUGUCUUUUCAGUUUUCUAUUGGGUUUUUUUUGUGUUGCAGAAAUUGUUCUGAAUAUUAAAAAAAGUGAUCAACUCA